AUGGCUCUCAACCUGGCGGCGAAGUUCUUCCGCCGGCGGGAGUAUCAGCGGAAGAAGGAGGCGGCGGGCAUCAUGCCUUGCAUGCACGUCGCCGUCGUGACCUCGAAUAGCAGCGCGAGCAGCGGGAGUGGUUCGGGUGCCGGCUUCGAGCAUCACGCGAUCUGGGAUUCUGUGGGUGAGGUGUACAUACAUGUCAGCUCUGUCGGCAGUUCGGAUGGGGAGAUGAGGGUGUGUCGGACCAUGAAGAGCAGGUUCUGGGAAGCGUUUCCUGCUGAACCUCGGGUCGUCAAAAUGCCGGAGACGAUCCAGGAGGGCCACGAGAUAUUGGAAAGGGCUCGGAACUUCGUGGACGGGGAGAACAAUGGCGCCUGGGACUACUGCGUGGCUUCCAACAACUGCGAGCACUUUGUGAAUAAGUGCUGGUGCCAACAACCGCACAGUCUUCAGGUACAAGCUGCCGCGGCAGGGCUGGGUGCCAGUGCUUUGGGUGGUGUGGGUGCAGGCGUCGGCGCUGGCAUUGCGGCAGGCACAGCCCAGGUCGUGACAACAGUUCCGUACUAUGCACUGGGGUUCAUACCGUGGGGAACCACCACGGCAACUGCUUCACUGCCAGCGGCAGCUGUGGCGGGCAUUGUUGCUGGCGGCGUCGUAGGCGGAUUGCUGGUUUCAGGUCUUUCUUUCUAUGGCAUUAGCAGGUGGGUCACAUAUGACCGGGCAUGGACAAGUGAGAUGCUCACGAUCACCAUCUACAACACGUCAGAGCACCCUUGCACCGCAUGGAUCCGCAUCUUUGAUGGGUAUUUCCCAACCCUGUGGGACUUCCACUCAGAGUGGCGCUCUCUCUGGGGAGUUGGCCGGAAGUCAUGCAAGGUGAGCCCCGGGAUGUGUGAAGAGCUGAACCCAUCUACUUCAGAUGACGGAUGGGACAUGCUUUAUGUGCUCACGGUUGUAUGUGAACAUGGGCCAAGUCCCAUCACCAAGGAGUCAUGUGUUCAGCGCGGCGACGUCGUUACAUAUGAUGGCCAGACGCUGACAAAGGUGCAAGCACCCCCUGACAACGAAGACGAUGAAUGUAUCAUUUGUUGCGAGGCCCCCUCCAAUGUCUUCCUGCAGCCCUGUGGGCAUUUUCAGUUUUGCAGUCAGUGUAUCCAGAGGCAUCAUGACAGAACCUGCCCCUAUUGCAUGGAACCCUUCGACACGUACGAUGUCGCGACGAGGCUUCGUUGA